CUUCCCACCUUAUAUUUUAUUUUAUUUUGUUUUUUAUUUCCUAUCCUUUGCAUAUAAAUCAUUAGCAUAAUGUAGUCUAUGCCAAACCAUUCUUCUUGUAGACUUGUUAGUUCCAUUUCUUUGCUAUUUGCAUCUUUUUAUUUCGUUGAGGCAUACAUCAAACACCUUUCAAUUUCUUUCUACUUUAAUAUGGAAUUCCAUAAGUUUAGAAUCAGAAGCUAUGAAGGUCAAUCUGAUAGAGCUCAAGUUGAAAUUCUAGAGAGAAAAUGUGAGGUAGGACCUUCAGAAAGUGUGUUUCUCUUCACAGACACUAUGGGUGACCCUAUUUGUAGGAUUAGAAACAGUCCCAUGUACAUGAUGCUGGUGGCUGAAUUGGACAAUGAAUUGGUUGGUGUCAUUCAAGGCUCAAUAAAAGUUGUAACAGUUCAAGGACAUCCACCAAAAGAUUUGGCAAAAGUAGGGUAUGUCUUAGGCUUAAGGGUAUCACAAAAUCAUAGAAGAAAAGGAAUUGGUUCAAGCCUAGUAACAACAUUAGAAGAAUGGUUCAUUUCAAAUGAUGUGGACUAUGCAUACAUGGCAACAGAGAAAGAGAAUCAUGCAUCAACCAAUCUCUUCAUAAACAAAUUUCAUUACACAAAAUUUAGAACACCAUCUAUUCUUGUUAACCCUGUGAACCAUCAUUCAUAUAAAAUCUCAUCCAACAUUGAAAUAUCAAGGUUGAAAAUUGAACAAGCUGAGUCACUCUAUAGAAGAUUCAUGGGGUCCACAGAGUUUUUUCCUAAUGAUAUAGGAAAUAUACUAAAAAAUAAGUUGAGUUUAGGGACAUGGAUGGCAUAUUUUAAAGAUGAUAUGAAUAUUGGGCCUAAUGGACAAAUACCAAAAAGUUGGGCUAUGCUUAGUGUUUGGAAUAGUGGUGAGAUUUUUAAGUUGAGAUUAGGAAAAGUGCCUUUUUGUUGUUUGUUAUACACAAAAAGUUGGUGCUUGAUUGAUAAAAUUUUCCCAUGUUUAAAAUUACCUACUUUACCUGAUUUUUAUAACCCUUUUGGAUUUUAUUUUAUGUAUGGUGUGUAUCAUGAAGGGCCAUUUUCAGGGAAGCUAGUGAGAGCUUUGUGUCAAUUUGUGCACAAUAUGGCUAAAGAGAAUAAAGAUGAGAAGGUUAAGAUUAUUGUGACUGAAGUUGGAGGAAGAGAUGAACUCAAUCAUCAUAUUCCACAUUGGAAAUUACUUUCUUGCCCUGAGGAUUUGUGGUGUAUAAAGGCCUUGAAAAAUGAAGGACUUUCAAUCAAUACAUUUCAUGAGUUGACCAAAACAUCACCAACAAGAGCUCUUUUUGUAGACCCAAGAGAGGUUUAAAGUAUGAUAUCUCAAAAAGAAAUAAAAUCUUGGCCUUACAUUUUUUUUUUAA